CACCGCGGCCGAGAAGUAGGUUAGUGCAGCCAGCGUGGUGGGGCGACUCCACUCGCGCCGUAGCCGCUCCGAAGUGGUCGCAGUCGGUUCAGUCGUCGCCUGCCGGUUUGCUAUUCCGCACGGAAUCAUUCGCAGCUCGCCCGUAAGGCAUGUGAGCCGUCGCAAUAAGCGCGAUCUGCUUGCCAUGAGCCCCGCUUCCUCUGGCAAUCUCGAAGUGGAACGCUACAUCGGAGCCUGUCUGAUUUCGCAGAAUCGAUCGAAGAACGCGACCGCCGGCAAAGUGCGAAACGAGCAUAUAUUUCCCCAGAACAGGGACCACUACAUCCCUGACAUUUAUCAGCACCAUGUGAACUUUCGACUGCAGAGAUGCCAGUCCGUGGACGGCUGGGCAGGUGGCAUGCCGCUGAUCUCCUUCGCCAAUCACCAGAGACGAAACAGGCGCAACGAGGCCGACGUAGGAGCCAACAGGACGGAGGAUCACCACGCUAACCCGCUGGCGAGGCUAGCGGUGCACACCCAGGGCGCGCCCCUCAUCCUGGCCAAGAGCUACAACCACCGCAAGAACAAGGUGCACAGGAACAAUGCCGCGUCGACCAAGGUCUUCGAGAACUCCAACAACAAGAAACCAAAUAAGUGUCAGGAACAACAGAACAGUUCUGGUGCCGGGGUGGACGCUGUGAGUGUGACGAGUGACGAGAGUUCGGGCUCCGCCAACUCCGAGAACUGUUUACCGCGCAUUAUAAAACCGCGGAAGCGGCGGAAAAAGGACCGGAAGCCUCCACUGCUCGGACGGCCGUUGAGCCAGGACGGGUUCUCCACCGACAGCGCCAGCCCCGACAUCGACAACGCCCAGUCGGGCGUGCUGACCAUCGGCCCCUUCAUACCCUUCACGUUCGACCCCUUUCCCUCGUACAGAGUUCCUGAGUCGCCCCAGCUGAUCGACAGGUGCCACAUCUUGGGCGACAUCUCCGAGACCCCGAAGCUACACCACUCUUUCGAGGACAUCGAAGAGUUGGAUGAUGGUAAGGACAUCAACGGCAACCAGUCCACCAGCACGUGCCAGUGUCGCUACUGCGACCCCAGCGGCCAGAUCUGGGACGUGGACAGGAACUGCUACUCGCCGUUCCUGACGCCCCCGAACAGCCACAGCAAAUCGUUCCACUUCCCCAACCUAAAUCUGGACGUGGCGUACUCCUGCCCCGUGUCCAACAGCGAGAAUCACUGCUUGGUGCACAGCAUGUCCACCAUUUCCCUGGAGGAGGAAGAGAACAAGAAGCUUCCCCCUUCGAGAUCUUCCAGUUCUUCGUCUUGCAGGGACCUGGAGGUGUCCACGGAGAUCGUGACGUCGCUGAACGGACACCGGGACCUGGAGAUAAGGUUCUUCUCGUCGCCGAGCGUCGACGCCGGUGCUAGGGAUAAGGAUCCGGAGAAGAAUCAAGCUAGUGCGGCGGAACUGAGCGAGCCCGGUAAAAUGAACAGGUGCGCUGUAAAUAGUGAGUGUAAAUUCGUGUCUGAAGAGUAAACAUGCUCCAUUUGGGCUACGUACCCUUUAUCUUAUCCCCCGUGAGAGGCUUUAUGACCCGGUAUUGUUUGAGAGUUCCUUUAUUCCGUGUAAACACGGAGGGCUUCGUUAGAAUAACAAAAACGCCGCGAUACUGGUAAAUGUCGUAUAUCACAGUCGCCAGCGUCUAAAUAUUUGUUCAAGGUCAUGUGUCGUAAAAGUUACUGAUAAAGCGGCUAUUCAGGUAGAGCAAGACGUGUUUUUUUUUUCGAACAGGAAUCCUGAAAUAAUUUUAACGAUUUGUAGAGUGGAACCAAAUUUUAUUUUUUCCUUCUCUCAAAAACUGAUUGAAUUCCUUUAGAUAUGCAAUUAAUUCUGAAAUUAAUUAUAAGUCCCGGUUGGAUUUGCAUAUUUUACUAGUUCCAGUGUAAUUAUAUGUUUUUUUUUGUUCGUUUAUAGAAACGGUUUAGUAAUUUAACAAAUCACACUUGUCAUAGAGCCCCCA